ACUGCUUCCUACAACACCACCAUGGCCCGAGCUCUGGGGUGGCUGCCGAUGUUGCUGCUAUUGCUGCUCUUCUGUUCUUGUGCCCAGAGUUCCCCACUGAACACAUCGAGCUCCACAAAUGAGCGCUGGUUUAUGCAAAAGCUUGACCAUUUUGACCAAAAGGAAAUAUUCUGGCGUCAGAGAUAUUUCAUUAAUGAUGCCUUCUACAAACCUGGCGGGCCAGUAUUUCUGAUGAUUGGAGGGAUGGGGAGUGCAAAAAGAAACUGGACAUCAAGAAAUCUUCCCUUUGUCGCAUAUGCUGAGAGACUGGGUGCCCUCUGCUUAGUUCUGGAACACAGAUUUUACGGACGCAGCCAACCAACAGGAGAUCUGAGUACUGCCAGCCUCCGCUACAUCAGGAACCAUCAAGUCUUGGGUGACAUUGCCAAUUUCCGAAUUAAAAUAGCAAAACUAAUGGGGCUCACCAAAAAUAAGUGGGUUGCUUUUGGUGAAUUUUAUGGUGGCUCCCUUGCAGUGUGGUCGAGAAUAAAAUACCCAGACCUAUUUGCUGCAGCAGUGGGCAGCAGUGCACCGGUGAAAGCAGAAAUUAAUUUUGAUGAAUACUUUGAAGAAGUUCAAGUAUCUCUGGACGCUCAUAACAGUGAAUGUUCAAGUUCAGUGUACUUGGCUUUACGUGAAGUUACAAAGAGGCUGAUACAUCAAAAACACUACAGUAAACUUAAAAGGGAUUUCAUGUUAUGUGAACCUCUUCAAAUAGACUCAAAACAGCAUGCAACCUUUGUCCUAGAGAAUUUGAUGAGUUUUUUGAUACCCAUUGUUCAAUAUAACAAGAAACGGAAAAGUGUUAUGAAUAUCCUCAGCACUGAUGAUUUUUGUAAAAAGAUGACUGAAACACCACUGAGUUCACCAUAUCACAGAUAUGCAAGGAUUAUGAGUAACCGCAUCAAGAAUGCAAACCUCUCUUGUUUAGAUGCAAAUUACAAUCAUCACCUGAGAAGAAUGUCUGAAACAUCUUUGAACAAUGGAAACAUACUACAAGUCAGGCAACGUUUGUAUCAGUGUUGCACUGAAUUUGGCUUCUUCCAGACCACGGAUUCAAAGUACCAGAGCUUCUCCGAAUUGCCUCUGAGGUAUUUUCUUAAACAAUGUUCAGAUGUGUUUGGUUCAGAGUACAGUUUCAGUGCACUGAAUCGGAGCGCUCAAGCCCUCAACAAAUACUACGGUGGCUUCAAUGUGAAAGGAAGCAAAAUCAUCUUUUCCAACGGUUCCCUUGAUCCAUGGAGUGCUCUGGGAAUCACAAAGGAUAUCAAUAAAAACUUUCGUGCUGUCCUCAUUGAAGGUGAAGCACACUGUGCUGAUAUGGACGAAAAAAUGGAUAGUGAUUCGGCCGAAUUAAUUCAAGCACGAGAAAAAAUCUUCCAGAUUCUACAAGAAUGGCUAAAGGAAUAGGUCUCUCUGAAAGCUAUAGGCAACAUAACGCAAAAUCUGGCUCUAAUUCUAUUGCUCAAAUGUAACUUCUUCUGCAAGGGUGAAAUUAGAUCAGAUGUAAAUGUAUAAUUCCUCUAUGUAAGAAUUAAGAUUGUUUUCUUUUAAUGAUAAGUCAUCUUGCUCCUCCUUU